CCGUUCCUUGUGAUGAUGUGUAAUUCUGUGUUUGUUCGUCGCGCUGCGUUCAAUUUUCCCCUUCGUCGAAAAAAAGCAAAAAGUGUCCGAUAUUCGUUGUAAAAGGGAAUAUGUGUGUAUCAUUGUGAUCGACUGUAAUUUGCUACAAAAUUAACUAGGAAAAACCUAAAAUCUAUCAAAAUUUGACGUCAACGAAAUAAACCCAAAUUACGAGAAUGUCCGGGUACGAUCCGGGCGGUGGUGACCAGCCCAGCCGUGGCAGCACGCCCGACCUGACCAGUCUGCAGGAGAACUUCAGCCAGCAGCAGGCCAAAAUUACGGCGCUGCGCGAGCUGGUCCGCGCCACCGAGUCCGCCCAGGGCAAAAAGACGGCCUCCGCGCAGGAAAAGGUGAAGAACAUCGCCCAGCGCCUGACGCAGUACAAAACCAAGGCCACCAAGUCCCGCCUCAGCCGCGCCUCCAGCUCCGAGGUGGACCUCAUGUCCACCCGCAUCAACGAGGAGACGACCGAGGUCGAAGUCGACUCGAGCUUCGCCAACAUCAGCGGCGUGGCGUACGAGGAGCAGCAGCACAUGUCGCUGCCGGUGGCGCGCGCCCGCUCGGAGACGCCCGGCAGCGAAAAGGUCAACCUGCUGCGCCAGCAGAUGGAGCAGAACCGGCUGAAGAUGGCGGCGCGCGAGAGUCAGAAGCGCGAGGUCGAGGAGCGCGUCAUCGAGCUGAAGCACAAGCUGGAGGCGUCCCAGCACACGCUGGAACAGUCGACGGCGGAAUUUGGCCGGUCGACGGGGGAUUUGAGCGGGUUGCUGCUCGGGCCGCCAGCCGUCACGCCGGUCAAGAUGGGACGGUUCGAGUUUAACAAGAGCACGUCCGAUUUGACGCAGAUGGUUGCUGGAGGUGGCGGAUUAACUUCGAGUCUGGAAGUGGAGCGGCUGCGGUACCUCGAGGGAAGGGUUAAAGUGUUGGAGCAGGAGCUGGCCAAUCAACCGAGUUCCGACGAGCGCGUGAAGGAGCUCGAGCGUAAAAUCCUGGACCUCGAAGAAGCGCUCAAAGAGAAAGAGUGCGUGAUUGAGGCGCGAACGCAGGCGGUUUCGCUGAUGACGGAGAAUUUGACCGCGAAGGGACGGAACACGGUCGAUUUGCUGGAGGACACCAAGCAGGAGAUGCUGCGCAUGCAAACGAACUUUGUGCAGGCCGAGGCGAGUUUGAAGCAGGAGCUGGACCGAUUGCAGGUCGAACUGGACGAGCGCUCGGCCAAGGUGUCCAACCUGGAGGAGAUGAACAACAUCCUGGAGACGGCCCGGUACGACCUGACGGUGGAGAACUCCACGCUGCGGCAGAGCCUGGAGGACGUGCAGGACUUUGCCACCAAGAUCAGCGAGCUGAACAAGCUGAACCAGAGUCUGCAGCACCGGAUCACGGAGUUGGAGGGUUCGCGGUACGAGUUCAUAACCGACGCGGAGGUCGAGCAGGCUCGGCGGGAGGGCGAGAGUGACGAACGGGUGCGGGAACUGGAGGAGCGGGUGCGGGAGUUGGAGGAGACUGGGGAUUUGGCGGAGAAGGUGCGGAGUUUGGAGGCGACGAUCGAGGCGCAACGGGAACAGCUUGAGGGUCAGAGCAAGGUUUAUGAGGAGUUGCAGGAGCAGUUGCAGGAGAAGACGGUGGAGUUGAACGUGUUGAAUGCGAACUUUUCCGUGCUGCAGGAGAAGCUGAAGACGGCCGGGCCGAAGCAGUUGUUCCCCAAGUCGGCGGAGGAAGAAGCGGAGGGGGAGACGAGCAAGCUGAAGCAACAGCUGGACGAAGCGAACAAGGGCGCGAUCAAGUCCAAGCUGAAGAUCAAGCAGCUGCAGAAGCAAGUGGAUUCAUUCAAGAAGACCUCGGCGGUUCAUGAAGAGGUCGUACGGUUGACGGAAGAGGUCCAAACCCUCACCCAACGGCUAGCCGAAGUCGAGGAGGAAAAGGGCAACCUCCAACUCCAUCUCGUCAACUACGACGGCUCCCUCCCCGACUCCGAGCUUGAAAAGCGCAUCAAAAUCCUCGAAACGACCUGCCAAAACCAAACCCAAGCGAUCCAACUGCUCGAGGAGCAAAAGCUGGACAUGGACGAGGACCUGAACGCGACCCGGCACGAGCUGGAAACGAUGCGCGAAUCCAGCAAGGUCGCGGACCAAGGAACCACCUCGAUCCAGUCCCAGAUGACGUCGAUCGAGUACGAGGAAAAGUUCGAGCAGUGCGUCACCGAUCGGGAAGAGUUACGGGCUCAAAUCGGCAAGCUGGAGAGCGAACGGACCGAGCUGCAGCAAAAACUCGAGCGGUACAUGUGCGAAAACAUUGAGCUGCUCGAUCGGAUCGAGAAGUUGAGUUCGGUGGAGAAGGUCAGCUCGGCGGAGUCGAUCGAGAUCGUGGAGGGGCUGACGGCGAGCGAGAAGCAGGAGAUUGAGGGGUAUGAGGCGGCGGCCAAGAAGAAGAAGAUGGCUGCUGCGGCUGGGGAAGGGGGAGAGGAAGGGGUGGACGAAGGAGGAGCGGUGGAUGAAGCGGAUAGGGUGGGGGGAGACAAGAACAAGAAGCUGCAGAUUGCGAAGAAGCUGGCGGGGGAUGCGAAGAAUUUGGGGAGGUUGGCGGGGGGGUUGUUGGCGGAGGUUGAUGGGUCGAGCGGGUUGAGGGAGCAGAUCAUGGAGAUGACGCACGCCCAGAUCGAGAAGAUCGAGCAGAUUGAGCUGUUGAGGGAGGAGGUUGAGCGGAAGAGGGAGGAGAUUGAUGAGCUGAAGCGACACUUGGAGGCGAAGGCGGAGAAGAGUUCGUCGGAUGAUGAGCCGGAACUGUUGAAGGUGGAGCUGAACAGUAGGAAUGAUGAGAUCAGGGAACUGAAGAAGGAGUUGGAGUCGUUGGCGGCGAGGAAGACGGUUGAGGUUGAGGAAGUUCAGUCGAGGUUGAAGGGAGCUGGCAAUGAGAUCGACAUCUUGAAGGAGCUUGUGCAGGAGCAGAAGCAGCAGCUGAUCGAUACGUACCAGGAGCACGAGCACGACAUUGCCGGGAAGCUGAAGGAGAUCCAGAACUACGAGAACGAGGCGAAGCAGAUGAGGGAGGAGAUCGAACGACUCAGCCGGCUCGUCGAGCAGAACUCGGAGCGGUUUGACGAAGCGAUGAAGCAGCAGCUGGAGCAGCUUCAAGAACAGCAGGACGAGAUCAGCCACAAGCAGGAGACGAUCGACACGCUGAACGCUCAGAUCAUCGACCUGUACAAGACGAUGGAGGAGAACGCGAAUCGGGUGAUCGAGAAGGAGGACGAGCUGCAGUACCUGCAGGAACUGCUCGACGCCAAGAAGGACGAGGUCGAAACGCUGCAUCAACAGCUGGUCGAAGUCCGGAAGCAGCUGGAGUCAGCUGAACGUCGACUUCAGGAAGCACUAGCAACUCCAGCGGUUGACGAAGGUCGCGUGCAGGAACUCGACGCCAAGAACAAGGAACAGCUGGAGAAGCUCAAGAAGUUCGCCGCCAACCUGAAGAAAAAGAACGUCCAAUGCCAGGAGCUGGAAGACAAGCUGGCAAAGGCUCAACAGGAACUCGAGGAGGCCAAGCAAGCUUCCCCCUCCGACGACCUUCGCGAAGAGAACGAACAACUCUCGCAGAAGAUGCACCACCUCAACAACGAACUCCACAAGCUUCUCCAGCAAAAGUACACGCUGGAAACAAGCGGACAGCAAUCCCAGCACGACCUCCUAACCCUUCAAGAAAAGUACCAGCAACUUGAAGAUCGCGUCCAGCAAGGCGAGUCAAAGCUACAACAAGUCGCGUACCAACUCGCAGAAAAGCUCCAAGAGUUCCAAACCGUCAGCGAAGACCUCGCCUCCAAGAACGUCAAAAUCGAAAAGUGCAAAGCCAUCAUCAAAGAAAAAAACAAGGAGAUCCAGCGCCUCCAAGAGCACGAACGCAAAACCGCCUACCUCGAGGACGAGAUCAAAAUGUCCCAAAGCAAACUCGAGGACUUCCACAACCAAACGCUCCAACUCGGCCGCCUCAAAGCCGACAAGGAAGACCUCAACGCCGCCCUCAAAGCCGAAUCCGAAAAAGUCCGCCAACUCGAGCUCGACCUCGAACUCGCCGACGAGCAGUCCCGCAAGCUGCGCGACCAAAUCGCCAAGCUCGAGCGCGGCAUCUCCCUCGUCGAGCAGCGCCGCAACUCGCUCGAGCGCCAGAAGAAGCUCCUCGGCGAAGCGCUCGACGAGCGCACCCAAGAGUACAGCGAGCACGAAGAUGAACUCAUGCGCAGGUUGGCGAACCUGACUCAGCACGACGAGGCGAUCGAGCACAAGCUUAAAGAAAAAGAGGACGAACUGCUCGAGCUGGGUGAAACGCUGCGGGACGUUGAGCAUCAACGCGAUCAGCUGCAAACCCGCUUGAACGAUUUAGAGAGGCAAGCCGCGACGCACGAGGAAGCAACCCGCCGAUCGGCGGAGCUCGAGAGUGAUAACUUUGGGUUGGGGCAGCAGGUGGCGGCGCUGCAAGCGGAGGUGAAGAGGGUGCAGGGGGAGGCGGAGGGAAGGGUGGCGGAGAAGGACAGCGAAAUUGAUCAGCUGGAGGUGGAGUUGACGAAUCAGCUGGCGAAGAUCGAGAACGAGAGGAAGCUGCUGCAGGAGGGACUGGAGCGGGCGAGGGAUGAGAAUGUUGAUUUGAGGGAUGAGGUGGUGCGGUUGCAGGAGAAUGUGAACUCGUUUGAGCAGACGAGGGCGGAUUUGGAGAAGGAGGUAACCUGGCUGCGAAUGCAAAACGAAAGCCUGACCCAGGACAGCAACGAGCUGCAAGAGCUGCGGAUGCAGAUCGUGCAGGACCAGACGGAGCUGGAGAACCUCCGCGGUCAGUGCGAGACCCUGGUGCAGAACCACCAGUGCGAGAUCCAGGCGCUGAAGCAGCAGAUCGCCGACAUGGAAGCGAUCCGGACGCAGCUCAGCCAGAACCAGACCGACGACCAGGUGCAGGUUCAGAACGAGAUGCGGAAGCUGAAGGGUUUGCUGGAGCUGAAGGAGGAGGAGAUUUUGGGGUUACGAGCUGGGAAGCUGCAAGCUGACGGGGAUUUGGAGGAGUUGAAGAGGCAGCUGGAAGCGCUGGAGCAGAGUUUGAAGAGGGAUGAAGCGCUCGAGCAGCAGCUGGAGAAAAAGAGUUCCGAACUGGAAGCGAUGAGCAAGCAGCUGUUCCCUACCAUGCAAGCGGAACCUAUUGCUGGAACGUCUCAGUUCUUUGCUGGUCAGCCGGAAUCUACUGCCAUCUCCCUGUUCGACUCCGCUGGUGAUGGUUGGGGAUGGGACGAACCCGUCGUAACCCAGCAAGCUCACCAGGAAGUUUCGGCAGUUCCGGAAGUCGACGAAGUCGGCCAACUCCGAGCUCAAAUUGAAGAGUUGCAAGCGAAGCUUGCCGCGAUCACCGAUCACGACGACGAGUUCCACCAGCUAAAGGACGAGCUGGACAUCCUGCGAGCGCAAAAUUCCUCGCUCAGCUACGAGAUCGCCGAGAAGGCUUCCAAGCUGAAGCACAUUGCCGCGACGCUGCAAGCCGAGCAGCUGCGAGCGAGCGUGCUCGAAGAGCAGCUGGAGAAGUGGGAAGCCGAUUCGGCUGCUCCGUCGGUGUCCUCCUUCUUCACCGACUCGACGGCGCCGGUGUUUGAAGAGCUGGUGGUGCCGAAGGUGACCUACCAGUGCAAGCCGAGCGUGUCGGUCGAGGAACCGAUGUUUGCUACGGCCGUCGCUGGGUCACAGCAUGCGGCACCCAGCCAGGACUGCGCGGUGGACGAGGAGUUGGCCAAGUUGAAGGCGGCGAGCGUGGAGCAGUGCCAGCGGAUCGAGGAUCAGGUGAGGCAGCUGCUGCAGCUGCAGGAGCUGAACGGAAGCUUGCAGCAGAAGCUGGAAGAGCAGAACGAGGUUGUUGGGGAACUUAGGCGGGAGGUGGAGAAGCUGUUGGAGACGAAUCAGCAACAGAAGCAGCAAGAAGAUCAACUAAAGCAGGAGAUCGAGAAUCUAGUGCAGACGAAGCAGCAAGGCGACAACCAGAUAAGUCAGCUACGACAAGAAGUCGAGAGACUGCUGGAAGAAAACACCAGACAACAGCAACUGAAGGAGACUGAACUUGAGCAACUUAGAGCGUCGAACCAGCAACAUCAAGACAACCAGGUGGGCUCGCUACGGCAAGAGGUCGAACAACUCAGCACCACAAAUCAACAGUUCCUAGCAGAGCAGAAGAGCUUGAAGGAAGCCCUGAACAGCCUGCAGCAGCACAACGAGUUGGAGCAGACGAGGACGGAUUUGGAGAGAGAGCAACUACAGCACGAACUGAGCAACCUAAAGCAACUCAACGAAUCGCUCCAGCAAGAUCGCGACACCUUCCUGCAGCUCCAAGACGAGCUGGACAUUGUCCGCGCGCAGAACGCCUCGCUCCAGCAGGAACUCCAGGACAAAUCCGACCGCAUCAAGCGCCUAGCGAGCACCCUGACCGAAACGGAAGCCCGUGUCGGACAGCUCGAAGCAACGACGACGGCUUCGUUCUUUGGCGGGGUUGCGGCGCAACCAGCGGCGGAGGUCUUCGAGGAGAUUAUCCAGCCGAAGAAGGCGUUCCAGCUGGACGAGGAGGACUGCUGGGGAGGCGAGGAAGCGUUGCUCGAGGAGCAACACCAGCGCAAGUCGAGCGAGCGUGACGACUACAUCCGGCAGCUGGAGCUGGAGAAGGAGCGGCUGCAGCAGGAGAUCACGGAGCUGAAGGUCAAGUCGGGGAAGUUGCUGAAGAAGGUGAAGGAGUACAAGGCGAAGAGUGAGAGUCUGGAGCAGCGGAGGUCGGCCUCGAUCGAGACCAGCGAGCUGGAUCUGGCGAUCCAGGAGGAGUUGAACGCGCAGGUAAGGGGGCUGGAGGGGAAGUUGAAGGAGGUUCAAGCGGAGCGGGAGUCGCUGCUUAAGCGGGUUGACGUGCUGACGGCGGCGAACGAUCGGUUUGCCGAGAUGAAGGAACGUCAGGACGGGCAGAUCGAGGUUCAGCUGGCGAAGAUCCGCGAGCUUAGCGGGAAGCUGCAGCAGCUGGAGGACUGGGGAGACGAUAGUACGGAGAAGGAGGUGAAGCCUGCGGUGGUGGAAGCCGGUCAGGUUACAAGCGCGGAGGUGGAAGAGCUGAGGAAGGAAGUGGACGAUCUACGCGUUGACAACGAGGAGUUGCAGGCACUGCUGGAGGAGGAGAAGGCGAACGUGGAGAUCCUGGAGAAGCGAGUCGCGCAGAAGGACGGCGAGAUCCAGGAGUUGAUCGAGAAGAUUGACGGGCUGUCGCAGGACUCGCGCACGAUCAAGACCAGCCUGGAGAGUCUGAACCAGCAGAAGAGCCAGGAAACGGUCGAGCUGAGUCAGAAGUUGAAGGAGCUGAUGGGUAGGAACACGGAACUUACCCAGCAGAUCGAGAGCAUGCGAUCGGAGAGCUUGUUCCAGAACUCCGAGCAGGAAGUCAAGCUACAAGAGCAGGUUCAGCAGCUGAGCGCGCAACUUCAGUACAAGGAAGCGGAGAUCGUACACCUGAGCGAGCGGAUCGAGCAGCAAGCUCGGGAAGAUCAGACGCAGUCGCUGGUGCAGGAGAUCCUGGGCAAGAACCAGGAGAUAUCCGCGCUGAAAGCGCGCUUGCAGCAGCUACAGUCCGAACACCAGGAUCUGCAGAGCAACCUGACGCUGCAGAUCACGAAGGAACUAGCGGGAAGUCGUCCGGAGGACGACAAGAGCGCUAAGCUAGCAGAGCUGGAGCGAGCAAACCGGGACCUGCUGGAGGAGAAGCACCAGAUGGAGCAGGAACUGCAAGUGCUGAACGAUCAAGUGAUCGCGAGCUUGGAGUUCGAGGAUCGCAUGAAGGGCAUCGUCCUGGAACUGGACGCCAAGAACAUCGAGAUCGAAGCGCUCAAAGCUUCACUGGAGACGCUCAAGCAGAGCGCGGCGAGCUCGAGCAGUUCGGAACAGUCGACUCCUACCGCUUCCAAGGAGCAAGCUGGAGACGAAACCAUCCGGAAGCAGCUUCAGAAGCUCCAGAAGGAGCGAGCCGAUCUGGAAGCGAACUACCGGAUCACGCUCGAGCAGCGGGACGCUCAUUGGCAGCACGUGGUCGAGGAACGUGGCGCGCAGGUCGCGGAAAGCUGGAAGCAGCACGUAGACCUGCGAGAGGCCGAGUUCACCGUGAUCGAGAAGAGUCUACGCGAGGAGAUCGAGCGACUACAGAGUCAGAACCCAAAUCCGCCGCAAGCGGCGGCGGAACCCGCCGCGAUCGUGCAGAUGAAGGAAGCGCUGGAAGCGCAGGAGCUGGAGAUCGUGACGCUGAAGGAGCAGCUGGCGAUCCGGAGUGCGGAGUACGCGCGGCUAGCCGCCCAGGUCGAUCCGUUCGCGGUCAAGCACGCGAUGAACAUGGUCACGAGCGAACCGAAGCCGGUCGACAACGGCGACAAGGUGCCGCGAUCGGAGCUGGAACUCGCGCUGUACAUGAUCUACCAGCGGGACAUGCGCUGCGAGGAGCUGGAACUGGAACUCAGGAAUCUUCUAGAAGAGCGGGACGCUCUCCAGUUGAGGCUGUCGAACGCGCUGCGACUGCAGGAGGAGUUCAAGCGGAAGUUCAACGCACCAGUCGGAGAAGCUUCCGGCGACUCGAGUGACCUGUCCAAGACGACCACCCCGGAAAAAUCCCUCCAGCAGAUCGUGCAAGAGUCUGGAAUCGGUGCGGCGACGACGACGACCGUUCCGGAGGAGCUGUCGAGCAAGCUGUCGGAGCUGCAUUCGAUUGGGCAUUCGCGGGAUAAGCGCCAGCAGGAGGAUCGUCAGGAGCGGCACCGGCAGCUGGCGCUGAUACAGCGCGAUCUGGCCAACAUGCCGCUGGAGGCGGCCGCCAGGAUAACCGGGGGUAGCGUGGGAGCACCCUCGGAAUCGUCCUCUCCUAACCAGCAGCAGCACGCGCAACAGCAGAGCGCCUCGUCCGUACUAAUCAACUGGAUUUUGGGCAAAAAAUCCGACACGUAGAAAUAUUGCAAACAAAAUUAGAUUAGAAAAAAAUAUAAUAGGAACCAGUCGCAUUGUGUCGCGUUUCCUUCAUAGGCCAACAAUAUAUUCCAAUCACUGAAAAGGUGUGUUCUCCAACUUACAAAACAAAACAAACCCAGAAAAGCAGGACUAAACGAGAAAAAUAGCUUAGCGAAAGAAAACAAAAGUGACCGGAUGUUACUACGUGUUUAUAUAAGUGUUAUAUUUUUUGUGUUUUAGAGAGAGAGAGAGAGCGAAACGAAUUUCACACGACACACAUUCACAACUUUACGAAUAGAAAACGACCCGAACUUCCUACUUUCCGAACUUCAGUGACUUAUUUUGCCCCGAGUUUGGUAAAACCUUUGAUUGACCACUGACAAGCGCUUUGAAAUCUGUACUUUUUGUUUAAUGUUGUUAUUUUUUAUCUCCAGCAACUCGCCCCGAUCCUCGCCGAAGGGAAGAAUGUCGCGAAAAAGUCUCAGAAUUGGCGAUGAAGCUGUGUGGAAAGAAGAAUGAAGAUCGGCUCUGGCAGAGUACCGAAACGAUAGAAAACUGAGAAGUUUAGUAGGAAAUAUGAAUAAAAGUUUUGAGGAGAAAAUGCAACCGGAAGAGUCAUUAGAUAGUUUGAUGAUUAAAAAAACAAACAAUUGAAUUCCACUUACUUUUUUUUUUGUUUUUAAUUUUGUGUAAAUUGUGCAUUUUUUUCUGUUUGGUUUUUGUACAUAAAGCCACUUUUCCUAAAUUCCUUUCUAGAAAAUGUGUUUAAAAAAUUGCACGUGUAUUGUAUUAUCAUUAUCAGAUGAAUUUAAAUAAAAGGUGUAUCAAUGACAAAUAUAAA